AGGGCCGAGCCGGGCCAAUGGGGAGCGGCAAGGGUUCGAUUCGCCCGUUCUCACGCUCCACCCUCGAACCUUGCUGGAAGAAAGUUUCACCCGGCCGCCCAGGGAGACGAGCGAACAUGGCCUCGCCGAGGUGGCUGUGGUGUGUGUGUGCGACCGCGGCGGUGGCACUGCUGCUCGUUUCCAGAGUUCCCUCGGCCUCUGCCCAAAGAAAGAAGGAGAUGGUGUUGUCUGAGAAGGUUAGUCAGCUGAUGGAAUGGACCAACAAAAGACCUGUCAUAAGAAUGAAUGGAGACAAGUUCCGUCGCCUUGUUAAAGCUCCACCAAGAAAUUACUCUGUUAUUGUCAUGUUCACUGCUCUCCAACUUCAUAGACAGUGUGUCGUGUGCAAGCAAGCUGAUGAAGAAUUCCAGAUUCUGGCAAACUCUUGGCGAUAUUCCAGUGCAUUUACCAACAGGAUAUUUUUUGCCAUGGUGGAUUUUGAUGAAGGUUCUGAUGUAUUUCAAAUGCUAAACAUGAAUUCUGCUCCAACUUUCAUCAACUUUCCUCCAAAAGGAAAACCCAAAAGGGCUGAUACGUAUGAGUUGCAGGUGCGAGGGUUUUCAGCUGAGCAGAUUGCCCGGUGGAUUGCUGACAGAACGGAUGUCAAUAUUAGAGUAAUUAGACCUCCAAAUUAUGCUGGACCCCUAAUGCUGGGAUUGCUUCUGGCUGUUAUUGGUGGACUUGUGUAUCUGAGAAGAAGCAAUAUGGAAUUCCUCUUUAAUAAAACUGGAUGGGCUUUUGCAGCUUUGUGUUUUGUACUUGCUAUGACAUCUGGUCAAAUGUGGAACCAUAUAAGAGGACCACCAUAUGCUCAUAAGAAUCCCCAUACAGGACAUGUGAACUAUAUCCAUGGAAGCAGCCAGGCCCAGUUUGUAGCUGAAACUCACAUUGUUCUUCUGUUCAAUGGUGGAGUUACCUUAGGCAUGGUGCUUUUAUGUGAAGCUGCUACCUCUGACUUGGACAUUGGGAAGCGAAGGAUGAUGUGUGUGGCUGGAAUUGGACUUGUUGUGUUAUUCUUCAGUUGGAUGCUUUCUAUCUUUCGAUCAAAAUACCAUGGCUAUCCAUACAGCUUUCUGAUGAGUUAAAGAGGAUUACAGAGACACAUAUAAACUGUGUGGUAAUAAUGGAAACUGAAAAAUAAGAAAUAUGUGGUGUUUGAAGAAGAAUGCAACUCAUGUAUUUUGUAUUACCUCUUUUUUGUCAAGUGAUUUAAAUAGUUAAUCAUUUAACCAAAGAUGUGUAGUGCCUUAACAAGCAAUUAUAAGAUCAUGAAGUAUUUGGAAUUAUUCUCCUCUUAACUUUCCCUUCCCUAUGAACGUAAGAAACAUUUGAUUUUUGUAGAAUUAAGUACUUUAUAAAAAUUUAAAACUACUACUUCAUUUUACUUAGAGCAAAACUUGAAACUACUUUAGUUAACUUUUGGUCAUCUGAUUUGAUCUUCUCCGAGGUUGGGGAUGGAAGGUUCUGAGCAGGAAUUUCCACCUCUGCCUAUUACAAACAACUGCAUCUGGAAGGCAUCAUUAGUUUUCUUCUGGGCAGGUGUAUGAGAUUUACAUCUUUCCUUUUGGGCCAAGGUAUCAUAUGCACUAUGUGAACUUCUGAAAAUGGACCAUGUAGCCUUUGGAAAGUUAAAUCUGUCUUCUUCUUCCUGUAUCUUUCCUACUGAAAUCAGAGCUACAUAUGCCUUUUUUAUACAUUAAGAAGUACCUCUAACUACAAGCCUAUAAUUUCUGCAUGAAUGUGCUAUAACUACCUUGUACAUGGAAAGACUUCUGAUUCAUUAUGUUUCUAGUUUUAUUUAAAGGCCCUUCUAAUAAUAAUAAUUUGUUGCUAAAAAUCAGUAUAACUUAUAAGUGGUCUCAAAUGUUUGUGUAAGUUAGUUAGACAUUGUCGUUGAUCUCAUUUUUACCUAACAGAAAAAUAAGCUGAGUUGUGUUCAUGGAAAGGACUUUCUUAGAAAGAGAAAAGAAAACCAUGAAAUGUCGAUUUGCUGCCUAUGGAUAGAAAUGAAACGUUUUGCCAGGCUUAUGGCAGACAUAGGCUGAUCUUUGUGAGUUUGUGGCCAGCCUGGACUACAUAGUGAGACUCUGUCUCAAAGAAAAAAAAAGA